AUGACCGACGGCAUGUUUGGAAGCACUGAGAAGCCCAGAUUUGUACCACAGUACAGAAUGCCCUACGGUCUGUUUAGAAACCCUCCCAAGUUUGCACCACAAUACAGAAUGCCUUACGGCUUGUAUGGAAGCACUGAAAGGUCUAAAUUUGUACCACAGUACGGAAUGCCCUACGGCCUGUUUAGAAGAACUGAAGAACCCGAGUUUGCACUACAGUACAGAAUGCCCGACGACCUGUACGGAAGAACUGAAAGGUCCAAAUUUGUACCACGGUACGGAAUCCCCUACGACCUGUUUAGAAUAUCCGAAAAGCCCAAGUUUGUACCACAGUACGGAGUACCCUACGGUUUGUUCAGAAGAACUAAAAACCCCAAAUUUGCAACACAGUACGGAAUGCCCGACGUCCUGUUUGGAAGAAUUGAGAGGCCCAAGUUUGUAUCACAGUACGAAGAGCCCUACCCUCUGUACAAACCGGCAACUGGCCAAAAUUGGAACGGCAAUCCAUUUAGCAGCAUGUUCGGUUUAUCCACACUUUUUCGAUCCUUGUCUGAUGCUCUAAUGGGACUUUAG